AGCCCCAGCAACGAUGGUAGCAGAGCCGGUACAAGCAACUGUACAAACCCUCAAACAAUUGUAUUCACAAGCAACAGGUUUCAUAGAUACCCAAUAUGACAAUGUUGUGAACUCUGAUCUUUACAAUAAUUCUUAUGAUAAAAUCACCAAGUUGAAUCCGUUUGGUGAGACUAAUGGGUCAAUUAUAUCCAUUGGUAAUCCGCCACCACCAUCACCACCACCAUCACCGUCACAUUCUGCUUAUGGUGCAUGUUCGAGAAUGUAUCAGAAGGUAUAUGAUCUGAUUAAUGAGAAUAGAGCUAGAUAUAUUACCUUGUUUAGUUGUGUGGGGCUUGGUGGCGCCGCGUGGUUGAUAUACAAGAGAAGAAAACGGAAUUUAUCAGAUUCAGCCGAGAAACGUCACAAGAGACGUGUUCCUAAGUUGACCAAUGGUGCAAGAAGAGAUGUUGUGUUGAUUAUUGGUUCUCCUACGGAACCAUUAACCAGACUCAUAGCACUUGAUUUUGAAAAGCGAGGAUUUAUUGUAUAUUUGACUAUCUUGGACGAGAAUGAUUCGAAAUACAUUGAAUCUAAUCCAAUCACUGACGAUGUUAACUAUUUAAACUUGAAUGACAAGAAGGGCAAUAUGGAGACUCAUGUUUCCACUUUUAAUCAAUUAUUGAAGUUGCCCGUAGUUCCAUUCCCCGGAGCUGAAGCACACACCCUAAAUCUUGUUGGUGUGGUAUUUGCUCCUAGUUUAUACUUCCCUAUUGGUCCUAUUGAGAAUAUUGCUAUUAGUAGCUGGGCUAAAUUGAACGACAGAGUGAUGACAUACCUUAAAUUGCUUUCCUCAGGACUUAUUCAAUUGGUUAGAACUCAACAAGCAAAGUUGAUAUUGGUCAACCCUAAUAUUUUGAGUGCAUUGGAUAUGCCAUACCAUGCACCUGAAUCUAUAUUCCAAAAUCAAUUGAAACAUUUGUUCACCACUUUAACUAGAGAAUUGAGUUCACAUGGAAUCUCAGUGACUCAAGUAAGACUAGGUAAUUUGCAUAUUCUGAAUCAGAAAUUGUCGUCGGGACCUCGAAUUGAAAGUUUAGUGAAUACGGAAGUUAGAGCAUGGACUUCGGAAAUGAAACAGUUGUAUUCUGACGAUUUCUCAAGAUCUCAAUUCAAAGCCAAUCCAAUAAAGUCAACUGGUGGUAAGGGAACAAGUUUACGAGAAUUAUACCAUCUUUUGUUUGAUUUGUUGUAUAGUGAAAAGAGAAAUCCUCCAGUUGUGUACUGUGGUACUGGUGCUAGAGGGUAUGAUUUGAUCUGUAGAAUUUUCCCUGAGUCAUGGAUAGAAUGGUUUUUGAAAUAGAUCUAUAUUUAUUUAAUCUUGUAUAGUUAAUUUAAUUGUUCUCA